AUGUACAAACCUGCACCGUCAAGGCCAAAGAAGACCAACAUCGUUCGGUCGCGUAACGGCUGCAAGGGUUGCCGCGAACGUCGCACGAAGCAUUGCGAAAGAGUGCGACCUGAGUUGAAAUUUCGAGUGGUGACGGGCCCGGCGACUGGCACACAGACGGAUCUUUCCGAUUCUGAUGCAAAAAGCACAACAUCACAGGUCACCAGUCCUGGCGAUGGCUCACAUAACCAUGAGUACCCAGCUAUCGGCGGCAGUCUCGUGCGCUCGCUCCAGCAUACCGAGCGUGAUGUCUUCUACUCAACCUACUGGGAGGAUCACUGCCUGCCAGCACUGCCCCCGAUGUUUCGCUCAAUAUCUGAGCUACUCGGAUUUGCUCCCUUGAGAGGUGCUAUUCUUGCUCUUUCUGCGUGCAACAUCAGCCGCAUUCAAGCCGAACAAAAAUCAUCGGCAAGCUUGAUGAGCGCAGGGACUUAUCGACCAAACCUGCAACACCAAACGCGCAGUCAAUUAUACUAUUCCUCGGCGAUCAAGACCUUUACCUCGCUCACUCCAGCCGACUAUACCAAUAAUCUUCCGGUGAUCUUGGCCAUACUGGUUACAUUUGGCUACAUCGAAUCAUCGAUGGGCAAUUUCGACGGUUUCAAAUGCCAUGUUCAAGGGUUGUCGGCAUUUCUUGUCGAGCUUCGGGAAGGCACAAACGAUCCACUGAUCAGGGAUCUUCUAGCUGCGUGGUUCCAAUCGCAGUUCCUUGUCUGGUGGGCGCGUGCAUAUUUCAGCUCCUUGGACGUCCAACGACAUCUGCCAUCCAUCCAUAUGCCAACUGUGCUUGCUGAAUCCCCUGGCUCGCUUCAUGAACGACGAGCAGUGGUUUUGAGCAUCUUAUGCGAAUCGCAUCAUGUGAACACAAAGGAGACACUAGGGUAUUGGGAUCAAUCUGAUAUGUUGACAAUGACAUCAUUCCAGGGAUCCCAGGUGGAAUUCAAACCCCUUUGGGUGGUGCAGCUGGAAGAUGCUUCCACAAGACUGGACGCCUGGAUAGCGCACUUACCGCCAUCAGAGCAACCGAUACAAGAUGCAGCGUCACCCAUGUCACCCAUUUUGUUCCAUUCCCACGAUGCAUCUCUCAAUUUCGCUUACUACGUGGCUGCCCGCAUCAUGCAAUGUACAUCAUUCUUGCACAGCCUUCAGGCAUACGAUUCGCAAAGUCUCCACAACGGAUGCUUUGAAACCGAGAACUGGGUUCGCCUACUGCUACAAAUUUCUCAAGGCGUCGACAUGUACACCUCGAUUACCAUGAACACCUAUACUAUUGGCUUUUCGGGUCUGCUACUAGCGGCCUCUCUCCGUUGUCAGGACCUCUCACUUGGACUGGACAUCGAGCAAUGGCUGCAGAAUCUCAAAGAUAUGCAGCCAACAGAAGAAGGCGCAUUUCCAAUAUAUCAGACGCUUGCCGUUGUCAAGGCGAUUAAUCAACAGAGAAUGCUCGGUCGCGACGUGUUUGGUGUCUCGCAGCCAGUGGACGACGGGGGUGGGAGCCCGAAAUUCCACGGCUAUAACAGUCAAGUAAUCAGCAGCCUGUUAAUGCAUGGUAGGUGGAGAGACUCUGGCGAUUUCUUUACAGAAAAAAUGGAGCUUGAUAUAUGA